AUGAGAAAUAUUUUCAUUUUAUGCCUCUCUUUUGUAAUUUCAACUGCAACUAUGAAAGAUUCAAAAGUAAUUUUAACAGAGAUUGAUUCUUAAAGAACUGGAAGAAUUUUCUUAAAUGCAAUAUAAGUUGGUUUAGCAACUGGAUCACCUGUACAUGAAAUUUAGAGUUACAUUAACAAUAUUAGGUAUAAAUAUGAAUUAUUAUGAUUACAGAUUUAUGAUAGAGUAAGAAUAGAAAGAUGCUGACUUAUUUAUAUAAAAUACAGAAGCUUCUUGUAAUAGGUUGCUUCAUGAUUUUGCAACAAAUCUAGCUUAUCAUUAAUAAUAAUUUAAGGCACACUCUAAAAUAGUUGAAGUAGGAUUUAUGAUAUCUUUUAGGAAAACACAAGAAAUUUAGAGAAAUCAUUGAAUAAAAUUGCAGAAGUAUCAGUUGAGAUUGAAGAGAAUUAAAGAAAAACAAAUGAAGGUUAGAGUGAAAGAGAUCUUCAAUACUCUGAAUUUUAAUCCAAAUAAAAGGAUCAUCUAGAAUCUAUAACUGCUAUAGAUGAAGCAUAUUCAUUAGUUGAGCAUCUUUCAAGUGGAUCCUCAUUUAUACAAGUAAAAGGCAGAUUUACUAAGGUUCUUUCUAGAUUAUAAAAGUAAAUCAUGUUUAUAUAUAAAGAUAGUUAGUCAACAUCAGCUGGACUCCUAUUUUAACCAAUAAUCUCUAUGAUGACAUAAAUGAAUUCUAAAGCUGAUACAGAAUAAGCAAAAAAAGUUCUUUAAUUAUUGGCUAAUUUAAGAGUUCAAAUUGUAGAGAGUAAAUCAUAAGACGAGGAUAUAGAAAAGCAAUAAGCUCAAAAUUGGUAAAAAUUUUUAUCAGAUUUAAUUAAUGAAAGAAAUACUUUGUAAGAUUAAAGAUAGAAUUUAGAAUAAGCUAUCCUAAAUUAUUAAAGUAUUAUAGAAGAGUCAGAAGGGAAAAUUGAGUAUCAUUCAGCAGAAGUGGAUAGAAAUUAAGUAAAUAAAAAUUAAAAAAUAAUAGAAUAACUUAGAUGGGUAAGAUUAAUGGUGUAGACAAUAAUAAGAAAUUUAUUAAAUGGAAUCAUAAUAACGAGUUUAAUCACUUGAUUUAAUUUCAAGAAUUGUUGAUCAUAUAUAGGAUAAAAUUGUAACACUAAAAGAAUAUUUAAGAGAAAGAUUACAAAUAAAAUGA